UCUUUGGCCAACAGAGGCACCAUCCAGCAUCUUCCAAACACCCGAAUAAAUAUUUCGAAAGCAAGAAACAUAGCAGUCAGGCGUUCGCGAGGGGCGGUCUUGCUGGGGUCCUUCUUCGACUGGAAAGCAGAGAUGGCUAUGGCGGCUGUAGCUGCGCGGCGGUUGGGAGUGACCGCGGCGGGGCUGGGUGGCCGUCUCUCUCACUGGGGAAAAAAAGAAGUUAAUGUAGCGCCUAAAGCAGCUCUACACCUUGCUGUACAACAGAAGCCAUUCCUUUCAUCUGCAGCACUACGGAUAGCAUUAAGAUCUAUGUUUAUUCAGACACAGGAUACUCCAAACCCAAACAGCUUGAAAUUUAUCCCAGGAAAGCCAGUUCUGGAGGCUAGAACUAUAGAAUUCACUUCUCCAGCUUCCACAUAUUGCUCACCCUUAGCAAGGCAGCUUUUCAGGAUUGAAGGAGUUAAAAGUGUGUUCUUUGGAACAGACUUCAUCACAGUAACAAAGGACAGCGAAGAUACUGAUUGGAACUUAAUAAAACCAGAUAUUUAUGCAACUAUAAUGGAUUUCUAUGCUUCUGGAUUACCUAUUAUUACUGAAGAGGCACCUCGUACAGACACAGCAUCCUCUGAAGAAGAAGAUGAAGUUGUAUUAAUGAUAAAAGAACUGCUGGAUACUCGAAUUAGGCCAACUGUCCAGGAAGAUGGGGGUGAUGUCAUAUUCAGAGGUUUUGAAGAUGGAAUUGUGCAGUUGAAAUUGCAGGGCGCAUGCACUAGCUGUCCCAGUUCUAUCAUAACACUGAAGAAUGGAAUUCAAAAUAUGCUGCAGUUCUAUAUUCCAGAAGUAGAAGGUGUAGAACAGGUUGUUGAUGAUGAUAAAGAAGAAGCAAACUCAGCCUGAAUUAGUGCAAGCUUUAGACUUUAUUUUCCAUCUGGCUUUGUCCAAGAUAGCCUGUUGAGAAAGGCCAACUUCUAUCACCACCUUUUCCAGACAUUUGGUGGACUGCUUUUAUCACUGAUUCCACAGACACAAAGUGAAUAGUGUUCUUAUCCAUCUUCAGCUCAGACCUUUUGUGGGUUUUUUUAAUGAACAUAAGAAAAAUGUAGAAUUUGGAUUCAAAUAAAUGUCAUAUGUUAUGAAAUAUGUUCCUUUGCUUGAGAUUGGAUGAUUUCUGUGGUGACAUGUAGCCUGAAGGUCACAGUGUCGUGAUAAAUAUGUGAGGCAGAGGAGAAAUCUGCCUUGAUUGCAUAAUCACACAUAUUUUGUUAAGAAUUUGUGCUUCACCUCAAAAGCCUAAAUGUGGAUUAGAAUUAAUUUGGAUUACAAUUUGUACUUCACCUGAAAAGUGUAAAUGUGCCACAAAUAGUUUUACUAUGCUUAUGGGUCUACCUAACUUACAUUACCCAACUGUGUGCCUCUCAAAGAAUAUGUGCACUUUGCAGGAGCCGGAACUCCUUAGGGAAACUGAACACUGUUUUUUGCAGUGAAGGUAAAUGUCAAAAUGCUUUGCCUAAGUGGCUAGGUUUGAAGUUUGAAUGUGCACAUGAUGGGACUUUUAAGAUCAGCUCCUUUAGUGAGCUAACUGAUUUGAUGGGGGUGAUUUAGUUUGAGAAUGUGACCACAGCAUGAAAUCUGUGUGCUGUUUGAAAUAUUUAACAUAGCAGCAGUUAGAAUUCCUGCUGGAAACAAAAACACAAUAGCUUGUAGUUAAAUUGAAAUUCAUAUUUUGAAAUAUCAUGUUAAUUUUCCCUGAAAAAAAUGUAAGUGUGUAAAGUAUUCCCCAAUGAAAAAGCUGUUGAUUGGAGUCUUCAAAGUACAUAAAUAGGUGGUGUGUUUUGUUUCUCCAAAAUAAAGCAAUAUUGGCUUAAUUAUGGGUACUCUUACUAGCUUGCUGUCCUGUUACAAGACAAAUUAAAUACAAAUUGUUAUUGGUU